AUGCCUCGCACGUGCGUGUGCACGAACCCGAACUGCGACAAAGAUGUCGAGCGAUUCGCGUUCCAACUCGGCAAGCACUGGAAAGACGACGUGCUCAAAUCGAUUCUAUCGAGUCUCAGACCCGGAGCGGAUGCUGAUGACGUAGAAAAAUACUUUUUGCGCGCGAUGACGAAGCCCGAUGGUGUUCGAGUGUCCUCGCAGCACUUCUUCUGGUACCAUUUAGCAUGGUCUCGAGGAGACCGCCCGAAGCUGGUCUUCAAAGAUGGCGCGCACGUCCGGCCGACGUACAUGCUCCAUUCGAAUCGGCCGACGUACGCGGGCGAACGAAUCGUCGAUCCGGCUCGUGUAGAAUGUUUAUCACCGCGCGAGACGCGUCUGCGCGUGAAGGCGCCGGCACGGGCGCCCCUUUCAGAGAUUUCAAAUUUGAAUGAGGACGACGUGCAUGCGACACAAGCUGGUGUCAGAGUUGGGAUUAAACGGCGACGAUCUGCUCCUGCGGCAAUUUGCUCGCACAAUCGCGCGCAAAACAUGUCUUUGAACUCGUUUGAACGGGGAAGGCCGGGGGAAGAGACGUGCCGCGUGCAAGAAGGGACUAUCCACAAGUUACGCUGUGAUGAGUUGAAGUUGAGCGAGGCGCUGCGGGAAGAGCGUCAGCACGCAGACGACGCGCGCGAGGACGUUCGUUUGCUCACGGAAGAACUUGAACGUAUUCAAGAAGAAAUGCACGACCAGGAUCGAAAAUCCUCGUUCGUAACUAUGCGAUACUUGCGGGCGACGAGAGCUAGUGAUAAGCAAAUCAAAGCGCUUACUGGGUGGCCAACUUUGAAAACAUUCGAUGCUUUGUGGCGUUUCGUCAACGCGGGCGACCGCAAUGCGACGCAAAACUUGUCGAUUGUCAAACGAAAAUGGAGGGGCGAUUCGACGAGCGCGACGGGUUCGCAUGGAACGGUCGUUCCGCGGAAAAAGAGCUUCAAAUGGGAAGAUGUAUUUUUGGCGUGGUGGAUGAGAGCGAAGAUGGACUUGACCGCGGAUCAACUUGCAUACUUCGUCGGAAUACACAAAUCGACGCUUACACGUGCGCUACAUCAAAUGACAUCAUUUUUAACGGUUUUUAUACGUGCUUACGGUGGCGACCCGAUCGAUCCCGAAUGGAUCCAGAUGACAACAGGGGAGGAUUGGAAAGAAGCAUACGGGCAGAAACCUUAUGAGAUUAUCGACGUGACUGAAGUGCCCAUGGAGACUCCAGAUGACCCAUAUAUGCAGCGUUUGUUUUACAGUCAUUAUAAGAAGCGCUACGUGUGCAAAUUUCUUGGCGCCUGUCACUCAAAUUGUCUUGCCGCUUUCUGUUCAGUUGGGUUCCCUGGAUCCAUUUUUGACAAUGAAAUUUGCUUUGCUGGAAAGGAUCAUCCGAUGCUUAAUCAUGCGGUACACCGAGCCAGCAUCCGCCGGAGGACGUUCACAGACGAGAACGACGAAAAUGUAGUCGUUCCCGAAACAAUUGCAGCUGAUCGUGGCUUUUGCGAAGGGUUGAAUAGACAGUUUGAACGGGAUGCGUUCAGGCUUGUGCACCCUGCGUUUUCAAGAGGCAAGAAUGUGGCCUUCUCCAAGGAGGACAUUCUCGACACCAGGGCGCAAGCAUGUCGCCGAGUGCUAAUUGAAAAUGCUUUCGGUCGCGUCAAGACGAUUUGGAAGCGUAUGCGCGGUCCAAUAGCUAUCUCCAAGCUGAAAUCGGUGCAUCAGGAGUGGCCAAUAAUAUUUUUCCUAGCGCUAGAUUUACAAGCUUCGCUAAGGUAG